AUGGCGUCUGUCGGAGCACGAUCUUCAUCGUCGUGCAUUUUCUUUGGCAGGGGAAGAUUUGGUUGGAGGCCCUCCGUCCGGGGUAGGAGGAGGAGCGUUUGUCGUCGGUCGACUGACAAAGCCAAGAUAUUGCUUCUUGGCGCCCGAACUCAAAACGGAGGUUUCGACAUCAUCCGUUACGCAUUCUACGCCUAUGCCCUGCUUCUUGCGAGAAGGCAGGCUCGACGAACAACCGCAGAAAUACCCGAGUAUCAUUACGCUUUUUCCGGCUCUCUUGGGCCCAACCUGACUCGGCUCUUUGAGUGUCUCGUCUGCCUUGCGAGGUGGCGCAGGUCUCUUGGAUGA